AUGGUGAAGGACUCAACAAAAUGCAAAUGGGUUUGUGCUUCUCUGCUUCUAUUGGCUUGCUCAGCUUCUUCUGCUUCACUGAUUGAAGAUGGCUCCCUCGUCAAUGGCGAUUUCGAGACUCCUCCCUCGGGAGGCUUCCCGGCGGACGCCUCGAUCUCCGACAGUCCCGUCACCGUCCCCGGAUGGAAAACCGACGGCAUGGUGGAGCUGGUGUCGGCGGGCCAGCGGCAGGGCGCGAUGAUCCUCAUCGUGCCGCAGGGGGAGCACGCCGUGCGCCUGGGCAACGACGCCGAGAUCAGCCAGGAGCUGAAGGUGGAGAAGGGCGCGACCUACUCCGUGACCUUCAGCGCCGCCCGCACCUGCGCCCAGCUCGAAUCGCUUAACGUCUCCGUCCCCCCCGCGUCGCAGGCCAUAGAUCUGCAGACCGUGUACAGCGUCAAGGGCUGGGAUUCGUACGCGUGGGCGUUCAGAGCCCAGUCGGAGGACGCGCGCGUGGUCUUCCGAAACACCGGGAUGGAGGACGACCCCGCCUGCGGGCCCGUCAUCGACGACGUAGCUAUCAAGAAGCUGUUUGUGCCGGAUAAGCCCAAAGGCAAUGCUGUCGUCAACGGAGACUUUGAAGAAGGCCCGUGGAUGUUCAGAAACGAGUCUCUCGGUGUCCUCCUCCCCACCAAUCUCGACAGCGAGACCUCUUCCCUCCCGGGCUGGAUUGUCGAGUCCAACCGGGCCGUCCGGUAUGUCGACUCGUACCACUUCACCGUACCCGCCGGUAAACGGGCCAUCGAGUUAUUAUCCGGUAAGGAAGGGAUCAUUUCGCAGAUGGUUGACACGAGGCCCAAUAAGCGUUACAGGCUGACCUUCUCGUUGGGCCCGGCGGGUGAUGCUUGCAGGCAGCCCCUUGCCGUUAUAGCCUUUGCCGGGGACCAAACGGAGAGCGUGCACUAUACACCUGUGUGGAACUCGACGUUUCAAGAGGCGGGCGUGAAUUUCACGGCUAAAGCGGAGAGGACACGUGUCGCGUUCUACAGCGUUUAUUACAACACGAGGACUGAUGACAUGACCUCGUUGUGCGGGCCCGUGGUGGAUGAUGUGAGGGUGGAGCAGUCCGCGUCGGGUCGGGUGGGGUCUUGGAGUUGUGAUACUACUAGUAUCACAGUUCUGUGGACAAUUGCCGGUUUUGGGCCGGCUCCGGUUCGGAACUGUUUCAGUCACUCUUCUGCGAGCACAGCACCACCGAGAAAACCGAUGGCGGCGGCUAUCUCUUCCCACCUAUCCACUCCGGACUCCGUUUCUCUCUCCUCCUCGCACGCGCUUUCGAAGGUCGGUCGAAACGUUCGCAGAUUCUCCGGCGUAUCGGUAUCCGCUCCGGCAAUCCGUCGACGAAUCUCGUGCCAGAUUGCUUCUUCUGCGCCGGCGUCUUCUGUUAAUGGAAAAGCGGAAGCAGGUUUGAAGGAUUUUCUUCACAUUAAUGAUUUUGACAAGGACACAAUUUUCAAGAUUUUAGAUCGAGCCAAGGAGGUCAAAGCGUUAAUUAAAUCAGGAGACAGGACAUAUCUCCCAUUUAAAGGCAAAACUAUGGCGAUGAUAUUUGCAAAGCCAUCCAUGAGGACGAGAGUUUCCUUUGAGACUGGGUUUUAUUUGCUGGGAGGACAUGCCCUGUAUCUGGGACCUAAUGACAUUCAGAUGGGCAAGAGGGAGGAAACACGUGAUGUUGCACGUGUUCUGUGUCGCUAUAAUGAUAUCAUUAUGGCUCGAGUUUUUGCACAUCAGGACAUUGUUGAUCUUGCUAAGUACGCCACUGUUCCUGUGAUCAACGGCUUGACAGACUUCAACCAUCCUUGUCAAAUAAUGGCUGAUGCACUUACGAUCAUCGAACAUGUUGGUCACCUGGAAGGAACAAAGGUUGUAUAUGUUGGAGAUGGGAACAAUAUUGUGCAUUCGUGGCUGAUGUUGGCAUCUGUGAUCCCUUUCCACUUCGUUUGUGCCUGUCCUAAAGGUUUCGAACCUGAUGUAAGGACAGCCAAAAGGGCAAUAAAGGCUGGAGUCAGCAAGAUAGAGAUAACUAAUGACCCAAAAGAAGCUGUGAGGGGAGCUGAUGUUGUCUACUCAGAUGUUUGGGCAAGCAUGGGACAGAAGGAAGAAGCUGAAUACCGCCGUACAGUUUUUCAGGGAUUCCAGGUGGAUGAGGAGCUAAUGAAGCUGGCUGGUCCAAAAGCCUAUUUCAUGCAUUGUUUACCCGCUGAGAGGGGUACUGAAGUUACCGAUGGCGUUAUCGAAGCCCCAAACUCUAUUGUCUUCCCACAGGCUGAAAACAGGAUGCAUGCACAAAAUGCAAUCAUGCUUCACGCUCUUGGGUUGUGA